GUAAAAUAAUAUAUACUUUGCUAUAAGAGACCAAACUCAUGGCCACUUUGAAACCCAAACAGCGGUACGUCGUACAUUACGUUAAUCUUAAACAGGCGAUCGCACACGGACUGCAAGUCGAUAAAGUGCACCGCGUUUUAGAGUUUCAACAAAGUGCUUGGUUGAAACCAUACAUUGAGUUGAACACUGAAAUGCGGAAAAAGGCGGCAAAUGCUUUUGAAAUUGCAUUUUUCAAACUAAUGAACAAUGCCGUCUUUGGGAAAACAAUGGAGAACAUGCGGAAACGCAUCCGUAUUGAGCUAAUCUCCAGUCCCGAACGUCUAAGCAAGCUCGUAAACCAACCAACCUUCAACGACNAUGAAUUAUAA